GUUCUCCUUGCAAAAGCAUGAAGAAGAGAAAAAGUGAAAAGGGCAAGACCGGCCAUAGCUACAAACUCAAGUAGCCAGCUAAUAGACUUUUUUUUUCCCGCAAAUUUGGUACUUUUGCUUUCACAUCUUUUCACACACACCAUUCUCUUUCCUCGCUCAAUUUCUUUCUUCCCCAGCAAACAAGCAACACCGACGGGGCUUUUACUGCUUUAGCUUUUAAGCUUUUUUUUUUCCCUUCUUCUUCUUCAUGGGUUGCAACCAACAAUUGGACCCCAACUUACUCCGUACCGUGGCCCGGACACUUAGGACAUUUUAGGUGUACCUUUACACGUACACACUAACACAGCUCCCCCUUCAUUUUAUAAAUAAUACUCCCUCUCAUUCCCCUCCUCAAAUUGUCUUCAUCCCCUCUCCCUAAAAAAAAAUUCGCUUAUCAUCCAAUGCCAUAAUUUUUUGCAUGCUCUUCCCCGCUAGUUCUUUGCUCCUUUCACACAUAUGAGAAAAGGAACAACACCGCCAACUACAACAGCAGCAGCAGCGACAAGGAGUAGCAGCAGGUCAUCAAGGAAGAGUAUAUGUGAUGGAGAAUCAGGAUCUUUCCCACCCCACGUGGAUGCGUCUCGACGUCUCUCGGGUUCCCUCUUGCACAGCUCUCCUCUUAAUCAUCAUAUUCAGCUUGAGUGAUCUCUCCUGCUGCUACCACUGGGACAAGCUCAGGUCACUCCGCCGCUCGAUCUCCGAUGGCACGGGUCCCGAUGCGGACAUCGAAGCAUCGCCCUCCAAAUCGAAGCCUGAAUACAUGGAUUUAAAGAAAAACCAAAGCCAAAGCUUGCCUGUGUUAAUGCCAGGAGAUCAGAUCCCCAAGUUCAUAGCAUUGCCAUGUCCGUGUGAACCUCCACGGCCAUACAAGGUUGAAGUAAAAGUGCAAAAACCGCCCAAGCCGCCACGUUUUCCAGUACCUUUGUAUUAGCAAGUUAGACAAUUUGUUGUAUAUAUUGGAUCAUUAGAUUAUUUUUUCUUUUUCAGCUUGGGUAUUUUGGAGAAAAACAAAAAAAAAAAAAAAAACUGUGGGUGGGAUAUAUACCAUCUCUGGAAUCCAGGUAGAGCAGGUCAAUUUGUAUAGUGUUCACUGUUACAGUUUCUUGCAUGCCAAGUGUAUUAGGGUUAGUGAAUUUAUUAUGCCAUUAUUCCGAGAUGGAAGAAGAUUCCAAUUGUUUCAGUUGGAAAAUGAAAUGGUUUAAUGAAGUUCUUAUCCAUUACCCAAAAAUUCAAAAAGACAAAAACAAAAAAAGGGAAAAAGAAAAUAUCCGUAUGUCCUGGUUGAUAUGUCACUGCUCAGUUUAUAGAUUGUACUUGAAUGUCAUAAUUGUUGCAAGACGCUUUCUUUUCUGGUUUUCUUUCUUUUCUUCUGCUCAAUUUACAGUUUGCUACUUCGUUUUCAGCACUUACAAGAGGAAAUUGGUAAAGUUGUAAGUCCAUUUUUCUUGGCUAAUAGAGUAACCAACUCUGCA